AAUCCCGCCGGGCUUCACCAGCUUCACUUGCCCCUCUUCUCUCCAUGACGAUCGACCAGUCCACCUUUGUUUGAGCUGAAACCCAAUUCUUUCGUCCAGUUCAAAUCGGUGAACUCGAUGGGAAAUGGAACGACUUCACCGGUGAACUCGACGGGAAAUGAUGAGGUCGAUCGCACCCGGCUUGACCCAUGGCGUCUCCCGUCGUCCUACUUCCCCGUGGCGGAAAAGUCGAGCCGGCGGACACCUUCCGGAUUCUGGAGGGAGAUAAAAAGUGACAACACAAAAAUCCGUUCUGAUGAGUGGUCGUCCCAGACCCUCGGAAAGAGGACGACCUUGGAGUUCUGCCGCAACAACGGCACCAAUACGGACUGGGUCAUGCACGAGUAUUGCCUCUACAGGGCAGUACCAGCCUUUUCUCUCGAGAGCGGAAUCUACCGUAAGGUGUUCAAGAAAGACAGCUAUGAGCCCGCCUCUUGGUACCACGCGGACAACAAUGGAGGGAACCCCGUGCGUUACAACUCGGAACUGAUGGAUAUGUACGACACGCUGCGAGACGGCGACAAGCUCGCCCAGCGCGAGCCAUGGGAACUCCCACUCUACUUCAUCGUGAAAAAUAACUUGUCUAGGUCUAGCGUGCGGACAAAAUCUGGAGUCUGGAAUGAGAAGGAAGACGACCUCAUCGCCGUCCGUUCUCCAGAGUCGUCCUCGUCCACGACGACGACGACGACCCCGCCGUCCUACGUUGGGGUAAAGAAGACCUUCGAGUUCUCCCUCAACGACGGCACCAAGACGGACUGGGUCAUGCGCGAGUACCUGCAACUGCAACUCCACCACAACUGGAGCUAUCCAGCAGCCUCAUUUGUCCAGGACAAUGUGGUGUUGCGUAAGGUAUUCAGGAAAGGGGACACAGAACAUCAUGAGGACUCCUCAUCGCGUUACCGCUCUACGGAGAAAUACGUGGAAGCUUACGAAAAAGCAUGCUCCCGCGGUGAGCUCGAAAAUGAUACGCGGAGACUCAGUCACCUAGCAGACGAGUCAACGGCCGACCUAUGUUUCGUCUAUAGAAGGGUACGUACAGAGUUUACCGGACUGUGAAUCACGAUCUGUACCCGAGAUGCAAACAAGGACGACUGCGGAUCCUGAUGAAAGAGAGCACUUCACCGAGUUUUGUAGUGCCAAUGAUCCUGAUGAGGUGUAUGCAGCGUGCCGCCGCUGUGAUAAAGUGCUCAAGGCCCAUCCCAAGAAACAUGGCACCUCUCACCUCAUAGAGCACAUUCACACAUGCUCAAGCUGCACUAAUCCUUCCACCGACGAGGACCGAUAAAUGUUGCACCACCUUCGCACAGCGCUCGACAAUCCCUACGAGCAACAGAAAAUGAUGGAUGAGAAGCUUAACUGUCAAGAAGACCUCACCCAGCUGAACCCAUAUGAUCUCAUCAAGCUCACCACCGGCGGCACCCCCUGGUACAUCACGACCUCAUUCAACAGGCAAACACGUGAGGGCAUGUGGGUGGAGAAAAAUGAGGAGUUCGUUGCAAUCCGAAUGGAACAGCCACAAAUGUGGCAUGAGACCAGUGCGGUCCAGAUGGUGUAUCUGUCGCAAAAGCCGGUGACACCAGAGUACCCCGGGGUGAGGAGGACCCUAGAGUUCCGCAAUCAGGACGGCCGCAAGACAGACUGGUUCAUGCACGAAUACCAACGGAUCAUGCUCCAAUACCAACAGGUCGAUGAUAACAAGUCCCCUGCUCUGCUUCUCCAGGGGGGCAUGGUGAUUCGCAAGGUAUUCCGCUAUAACAAAGAUGCGUUCUUAUCUACUCUCAGUGAGUUGGACAGGUUCUUGAAUGGAGAUGAUAACGAUGAGGAGUACUUAAACGGUGAGGGCAUGAACACUACCAUUACCAAUACCACGUCCAGUGAUUACAUGGACAAUGCGGUCGAUAAGAAGCGCAAGAGGACUCGUCCCAAAUCUGAAGUUUGGAUGUACUUCACCCAGAUGCACAACACACGUGAUGUCCUGGUGUACGUAGUGUGCCACUCCUGUGACAGGGGGUUCACUAGUGGUCGCUCUACAAAUGGCACCUCUCACCUGUGGAGGCAUCACAGGUACUGCGCAAACAAGCGCCCUAGCACAGGAAAUGCGAAUGACGCCACUACUGAAUGGGAAACAAAAAUCAGGCCGGUGUUCCUAAACUUGAAGAACUAAGGAGAAACAGAGCAUCAGCCAUCAGGGAAGUGCUGAAGCUAGGAGCCAAGAAGAUGGGCCGCUUGUUGAUGAUUGGUAGAAUGGAGGCCGGGCUAAUGCGCUCAGAGAUUGUGCAUGCCCCCUUUCUGUUUUUCAGCUUUGUUUCAUCUUUAAUUCUGUCCUAAUAAAGUUAGUGCCGCUAUGGCUCACUUGUUGGGUUCUGUCUUAGAUUUUCUUACUCUUAUUUUUCUAUCUAUCCCCACAAUGUUUAGUAGCUGAGACUUACGUUGCCUGAUUUUGAUGUAUGAAUUAUGAAUUUAUGAUCAGGGAUGUAAUAUCUUUGAAUAUCUGAGAGAAAUGGAGGUUCAAUUUAGAGAUAGUACAACA